AUGAGUCAACGCUUUCGAGCACUUGUUAAUCAUGACGGUUUAUUUGAUAUGCGCGAAAUGGCCUAUGUUACAGAAGAAUUAUGGUUCACUGAACAUGAUGCCGGUGGUUUUCCUCAAUAUGUAAAUCCUGAAGCAUACGAGAAAUUCAAUCCAGUCAAUCACGUAGCCAAUUGGACACAACCAAUGCUUGUUAUUCAAGGUGGACGCGACUAUCGCGUACCUGAUACGCAAAGUAUCGGCACAUUUACUGCUUUACAACGUCAAGGAAUACCCAGUCGUAUGCUAUAUUUUCCAAAAGAAAACCAUUGGACAUUGAAUGCAUUCAAUUUGGUAGUUUGGUAUCAAGAAAUUUUUGAUUGGAUGAAACAAUGGACAGACUGA